AUGAUUCGCCUAGCUGAGGCUCCACCAGCCACCUCACUGAAGUGUAGUAGAUUCUCGGGUAUCUUGCACAACAUCACUCCGCAUUCCUCUCCCUGCGUCUCGACGAGGCCACGAGCUUGCAACGUGCAACCCGUUUCCAAAAUGCAUAUUUCAUCCCUCUUGUCGCUGCCAUCGACAGUGAUUUUACUGCUCUGCGCUACGCCCAUAGCAACUGCAUCGCAACAAUGGCCACACAACCUUCCCAAACAUAUGAAGUACUUUCCCGAGGACGAGCGACACGUAAAACGAGGAUUAGACAUCAGAGAAAGAUUGCAAAACGAAAAGCCUGUGGGAAUGAAGAAGAUGAGCACAGACGAAGGGGAGAUGUUCAUGCUGGACAACUGGAUCUUCGCCUCGAGCCAGAGUAAGAGAUCGGAACGUGGGGAUUCCGGGAACGGCACGCACCAGGCGGAACCGGCGAUCAGACCGAAUGCUGAAGACGAAUGGAUCGAGCGUUUGCGCAUAAGGGAUGUCUUGCUCAAGAGGCAGUUUAAAUGUCCAGAAGGCACAAACAGCUGCUCCUCGAUUGGAGCCCCGGACGUGUGCUGUGGGACGGGCAGUACAUGUGUAAACGUACAAAACACAGAUAUUGGCUCCGUCGGUUGCUGUCCGCAGGGGCAGACUUGCUCUGGAACCAUCAGUUGUAACGAGGCAGCAGGCUACACGUCAUGCCCGAAUUCCUCAAACGGCGGGUGUUGUUUGCCUGGGUUCCAAUGCAGUGGUGUGGGUUGCGUCGCUGCUGGGACCUCGAUCACCUAUGUCCAACCUUCAACCUCCGCGCAGCCUUCGUCAUCCUCAACCUCAACCGUCGUUGCCGUUCCCACAUCUGCUUCAACUUCAGCCAUGCCAACAAUAACCUCCACACCCACGUCUACACCGGCUCCCUCCUCGUCGCCAACAUCGGCCUACACCUGCUCCAACGGAUGGUUCUCCUGCCCCGUCAGCCUCGGUGGUGGCUGUUGCCAGAAUGGUCGCGAAUGCGCUACAGGAGCAUCUUGCCUUGGCGACGACCCCUCUAGCACCCAAGCACCAUCUGCUCCCGUUCGCCCUACCAGCGAGGCGACGACUGCUAUCACCUCAACCGCAUCUGAGGGAGAUGUUUGUCCUACAGGCUUUUAUGUAUGCAGCGCAUACUAUCCCUCCGGAUGCUGCAGAGUAGGUCGCGACUGCCAGACCACUGGAUCCUGCAUUCUGCCUUCUUCAACCACAGUGAUUGCGACAAACGGUGUGACUGUCCUCGCGCCCUCGGGAGCCACUGUCGCGACUGGAGCUGCACAGAGUGGGUCGUGUCCGAGCGCUUGGUACAGCUGCCCUGCCAACCAGGGCGGAAGUUGCUGUCCGAACGGGUAUGCUUGCGGCGAGCAAUGUACGGCGACCGCAUCAGGCGUGUCGAGUGUUGAGGCGAAGGUCACACCCAGCACUGCGUCUUUUGUCCCACAAUGGUCGGUGUGGGGGCUGGGGAUGGCUGCAUGCGCGGUUGGUGCCGCUAUGAUUGCGCUGUGA